CGGAUCCAUCCCAUUUCCCCGUGUUGUAUCCUUUCAUUCAUUUCUUCAUAACAUUCCCUUCCAUUCCAUUCCCUUCCCCUGCAAAAAAAUAAAAAAAAAGUUUCACAAAAAUGGCUCAACUGAUAGAAACAUACGCAUGCAUCCCGUCAACAGAGCGCGGCCGUGGAAUCCUAAUCUCCGGCGACCCGAAAACAAACUCAUUUCUAUACUGCAAUGGGCGAUCAGUGAUAAUACGUUAUCUGGAAAGACCAUUAGAUGUACAAGUAUAUGCAGAACAUGCUUAUCAAACAACUGUAGCAAGAUUCUCACCAAAUGGCGAAUGGAUCGCAUCUGCUGAUGUUUCUGGGACUGUUAGGAUCUGGGGUACCCAUAAUGGGUUUGUUUUGAAAAAUGAGUUUCGGGCUUUGUCUGGUCGGAUUGAUGAUCUUCAAUGGUCUGCUGAUGGUAUGAGGAUUGUUGUCUCUGGUGAUGGCAAGGGCAAGUCCUUUAUUCGCGCUUUUAUGUGGGACUCUGGAAGCAAUGUUGGAGAAUUUGACGGUCACUCAAGGAGAGUUUUAAGCUGUGCAUUCAAGCCAACAAGGCCUUUCCGCAUAGUCUCAUGUGGAGAGGAUUUCUUGGUGAACUUCUAUGAAGGACCACCCUUUAAGUUCAAGCAGUCACAUAGGGAUCACUCAAAUUUUGUCAACUGUGUAAGGUUUUCACCUGAUGGCACCAAAUUCAUUACUGUUAGCUCUGACAAGCAGGGACUAUUAUAUGAUGGAAAAACUGCCGAGAAGAAGGGUGAGUUGUCCUCAGAGGAUGCUCACAAAGGUAGUAUAUAUGCUGUUAGCUGGAGUCCUGAUAGCAAGCAGGUGCUAACUGUAUCAGCCGAUAAGACUGCAAAAAUUUGGACAAUAUCAGAGGAUUUCAAUGGGACUGUGGCAAAGACAUUAUCUUGUCCGGGCUCUGGUGGUGUGGAAGACAUGCUAGUUGGGUGUCUUUGGCAAAAUGAUUAUGUAGUUACUGUCUCUCUUUGUGGCACUAUAUAUGUAUAUUCUGCUAGUGAUCUCGAUAAAGAUCCAAUGAUUCUGUGUGGACACAUGAAGAAUGUUAAUUCACUUGCAGUGCUUAAAAGUGACCCACAGAUUAUUCUGUCCAGCAGCUAUGAUGGAUUAAUAUUUAAGUGGACUCGAGGGUUUGGCUACAGUGGUAAGUUAGAGAGGAACGAUAAAAACCAAAUUAAAUGUCUUGCUGCUGUUGACGAGGAGAUCAUGUCGUCUGGAUUUGACAAUAAGAUCUGGAGGAUUCCUAUAAGUGGAGAUCAAUGCUCUGAGGCAAAUAUCGUCGACAUUGGCAGUCAACCGAAGGACUUGAGCUUGGCUCUGAAUGAUCACGAACUUGCAUUGAUUGCAAUUGAGACAGGUGUCGUCCUCCUUCGUGGUACACAAGUCUUGUCAACUGUUGACCUAGGGUUUACUGUGGCUGCAUGUGCAAUUGCCCCUGAUGGAACCGAAGCGGUUGUUGGUGGCCAAGAUGGUAAAUUGCACAUAUAUUCAGUCAGUGGUGAUUCUCUGACGGAAGAAGCUGUCCUUGAAAAGCAUCGAGGUGCUAUUACUGUGAUACGUUAUUCUCCUGAUGUUUCUAUGUUUGCCUCUGCUGAUGCCAACAGAGAAGCUGUUGUAUGGGAUCGGGUCUCAAGAGAGAUUAAGCUCAAGAACAUGUUAUACCACACGGCUCGUAUAAACAGUCUAGCGUGGUCUCCUGAUAACACUAUGGUUGCAACUGGAUCUCUGGAUACAUGUGUUAUUGUAUAUGAAAUUGGCAAGCCCGCCUCGAGUCGUACGACUGUAAAGGGAGCGAACCUGGGUGGCGUUUAUGCAGUUGCCUUUGUUGAUGAAAACACUGUUGUGAGUUCUGGUGAAGAUGCUUGUAUUCGUUUAUGGCAGAUUACUCCACAAUAAAUAAGGAAUCAAGAGGAGGGGGGG